AUGUCAUCAUCAGUCGAGAUCCCCAACCAGGAGUACAGUCAGGCUCCAGACAUGCGGUUGGAUCCCGUUUCUAUUCCAAGCUUUGACGGACAGCCGUCAAACUGGUUAGCGUUCAAGGAUAUGUUUGAGACACUAGUUCACAACAGAAGUGACUUACAACCCACCUAUAAACUGGGAAAACUGCGACAGUAUGUGAAGGCAGAAAAUGUUCCAUUAGUAGGUGGCUUGUACACAGGUGGGUAUGAAGAAGUUUGGGCUGAAUUGAAACAACGUUAUGACAACCCCCGUACUCUUUCGGAGCACCAUGUUCAGUAUCUACUAGACUUGCCGACCCAUCCACCAGAAUCUCGAGCUACGCUACUAAAUUUUGUAGAUACUGUUCGUAAUGCCUUUAGAGCGCUCGAAAUGAUGAAUGUGCCAGUAAAACAAUGGGAUGCUAUAGCCGUACCACUGCUAUUACCCAAACUACCGGUUGUGACCCGAACCGAGUGGGGAAUGAGCCUAAAAUCCAAAGACAUCCCGAAGAUGGAAGACGUUAUAAUGUUCGUGGAACGGCGUGCAGCUAACCUGCCGACAUCUUCGCCCAUUACUCCACAGUUUUCAAGCGGACGCACAUCAAGUCGUGUCGUGAAGACGCAUCUGGCUAUAAAUUCUGGAAAAAUUACUAAUCCAUUAGCAGCACCUGACAGGGCAACUAAUUGCCCAUCUUGUAAUGAAUUUCAUCGCAUUACGAAAUGCCAAAAGUUUCGUAAUCUUCAACUGGAUGAACGCUGGAAUCUGGUGAAACAGGCAUCAUUAUGUUUCAAUUGCCUCAAGGCCGGUCAUCGUAAUCGUGACUGUCCAUCUGGGUUGUGUCUCAACUGCCAGCAGAAACACAAUACUCUCCUAUGUAGCAGGCCCCAGCAGAGAAGCGUUGAAGGCACUUCUACCAGAUAUACUCCUGGACCGGCGGCUACAGCGUCAUUGGUGGCGCCCAAGGUACUUCCCCGACAACAAUGA